UUGAUUAAAUGUUAUUGUUAAUGUGCCUUAAAUCGAAAGUUGCAUGGUCGCAUACAAUAAUCCUAUGCUUGCUAUUGCAUGUCAUUCCUCAUUUCACGUGAAAACUUUAUCGGUGUUGAAAAAAAUUGAAACAGAAAAAUGAGAUAAAAGUGAAGCUUUUUUAAGAACUGAUAAACACUUCAGAGCCCUUGAGAUGACAAAAACUUGCUCAUGGUGAUGUAAUAAUUGGACAUAUGAUGUAUAUUGAUUUUUCGUGUUGUUUACAAUUGAUUUGGUGGGAAGUCUGAUGUCUGUUUAUCUACUACAGAUAUUUUAAUGAUAAAAAAAAGCUCUUGUAGAUAUAUAUUGUAUAAAAUUGUAUUUGUGAUACAGUGAUGUGAAGGGUUUUUUCAGUUAAUGUUAAUUACUCGGAAUAUCUUGCAAGUAUGUUUUCGUUUGUGUCGCUCACAGCUUUGUUAGUUUUUAUCAGUGGAGUAAAUAGUAAUAUUCUACCAAAAUUACUUAGAAAUCCUGCCGAAGGAAAAUUGUGGGCUGUACUGGUUGCUGGAUCAGAUGGAUGGGAUAAUUACAGGCAUCAGGCUGAUAUUUGCCAUUCAUAUCAAGUUUUGCAUAAUCAUGGAAUUCCAGAUGAAAGAAUAAUCGUGCUGAUGAAGGAUGAUUUAGCUACAAAUGAGGAGAACCCUACUCCAGGAGUUGUAAUCAAUCAUCCUAAAGGCAAAGAUGUUUAUAAAGGUGUUCCUCAUGAUUAUACAGGAAAUGAUGUUACGCCAGAAAAUUUCAUGGCUGUAUUGAAAGGAGACAAACAAUCACUUAAUGGUGUUGGCAGUGGAAAAGUUUUAGAAAGUGGUCCUAAUGAUCAUGUAUUUGUGUAUUUUGCUGAUCAUGGAGCACCAGGGUUGAUUGCCUUUCCAGAAAGUGAACUUACUGCUAGGCAGCUGAACAAAACAAUAAAUUACAUGAGCAAACAUAAAAAAUAUGGCAAGAUGGUAAUAUACAUUGAAGCAUGUGAAUCUGGAUCUAUGUUUGAAAAUUUGUUGCCUGACAAUAUUAAUGUGUAUGCAACAACUGCUGCAAAUUCGGAAGAAUCUUCUUAUGCAUGCUAUUAUGAUGAACAAAGAGAUACUUAUUUGGGAGAUACUUACAGUGUUAAAUGGAUGGAGGAUUCUGAUAAAGAAGAACUGACAGUGGAAACUUUGUAUCAGCAAUUUAAAAUUGUUAAGAAAGAAGUGAAUGAAAGUCAUGUGCAAGAAUUUGGAGAUAUGAAAAUAGCCAAGAUGCAUGUUAGUGAGUUUCAAGGCCGAAAAUCAUCAACAUCUAUUGUAAUGCCCAAAGUUCCUCUGAAUUCCGUUAGAAGUCGUGAUGUUCCUCUUGAAAGGGUGAAGAGGAGGUUUGCAAGAUCUAACUCAGUUGAAGAACAAAGCAAAUUGUUGAAAAAGUUGAACAAAAUGAUCAGGAACCGCAACUUUUUAUCUGAAAAAGUAUCUGAUCUUGUGACUGAAAUAUUUCAUGAUGACAACUUAAAAUCUGAAGUUUUACACAAGCACUAUCCAUUGAAGAGCUUUGAAUGCUAUGACAAAAUUCGAAGCAUUUUCAAUGAAGAGUGCUUUCAGAUAUCCAAGAAUCCGUAUGCAUUGGAUUUUAUGUAUGUUUUGGUCAACUUAUGUGAAAAGAAAAUCUCUCCAAGCAGGAUCGAGUCGGCAAUGGAAAGAGUUUGUGUUCACCCACCUGUUCAUGGCAUUCUUUAACUUAAUCCCGUGCAAUAAAAAUUCCAGUGAAAAAAAUGCAUAUAUUGUACAAAAAACUAUUUACUACAUUAAUGUUUAAGCUUUUAUUGUAUACACUGUUGCACUAUAUUUAUUGUGUUUUUGCGCAUUAAAUAUUUAUUUAGAACUGUUUAAAA